AUGAUAUUGAUGGAUAUUGGGAUUCAAGUUAAAUUACCGUUGGGCCAUGUUGGUUUGAUUAAACCAAGGUCUGGGUUAGCGUUGCGGCAUAAAAUUGACGUCAUGGGGGGCGUGGUCGAUGAAGAUUUUGAAGGAACUUUGGGGGUUAUGCUAAUCAACCAUGGGAAACUUCCAUAUCAAGUUGAACUUGGGGAUCGUGUUGCUCAGUUCUUGAUUAUAAAACUCCAUAAUGGACCGUUGAAGAAGUCUACGUUUGAUGAAGUUAUUACCACCACAGCACCUGUUGCUUCUCGGCGUGGAGCCAAAGGAUAUGGCUCCUCUGGAAAAUAA